AUGCACCAGACCCGGCCCACUAAGGGGAAGUUGAAAGCAUUUAAGAAGCCUAUUGCAGGGGCUAGACGUGUCACAACUUUCAUCUAUAGACAUGGAAGACUUCUUAGUCUAAUGAGGAAGGCCACGGGUGGGGAUCUUGUGAGACCAGCAGCAACUCGUUUUGCCACAGCCAUCCUCACACUUAGGAGUUUGGUCAAGAACAAGGCUGCAUUGAGGAGUUUAUUUACAUCUGAUGAAUGGGUUGGAAACAAGUUAGCAAAAACACAAGUUGGCUUGAAUGUGCAAGAGAUUAUACUUUCAACGGAGUGGUGGAGCGCAAUUGAGGAUUGCCUUAGAGCUUCAACUCCACUUCUUAGAGUUCUUAGAGUAGCGGAUGGUGAUGAGAAGCCUGCCAUGCCAGAGAUUAAAGCACUUAUGAUUUAUGCAAAGGAGAGGAUCAAUCUAGGUUUCCCUCAACAAAACAAGCAACCAUUGCUCAAGAAGAUCUUGGCCAUUGUUGACAAGCGUUGGGAGAAUCAAAUGGAUCAUCCAUUGUAUGGGGCUGCUCUAUUUUUGAACCCAGGAAAGUUCUUUCCUAUUGUAAGCAGAAAUGAUGAUGCCUUAGUUGGGGAGCUUAGGAGCUGCUUUAAUGAUGUGCUUGCAAAAAUGGUACCGGAUGUCAAUGUUCGAAAAAAGAUUGAUCAACAAGCUGUGCUCUAUGAGCGCCAGCGAGAAGGCUUUUCUAAUCCAUUGGCACUCGAGACCAUGAGCACAAGAAACCCUCUUGAUUGGUGGAGUUCAUUUGGUGGUCGGGCCAUUGACCUACAAAGGUUUGCAAAGCGCAUUGUUAGUCUUUGUGCUUCAUCAUCUGGUUGUGAGAGGAAUUGGAGCACGUUUGAAUUUAUCCAUACGAAGAAAAGGAACAGGUUACAAUGGAAAAGGUUGAAUGCUCUUGUCUUUGUUUCAUACAACCGGAAGAAUAUGCAACGGUUUCAAAAGAGGCGUGAGAAGGUGGGCGAGAAUAGCUUUGAGGCUUUGGUCAUUGAGGAUUUUGAUUGGGGCAAUGAGUGGGUGGACCCAUCACUAUCACAACCUCAAGGUGCUCGAGGUUGUCCUGAAGACAAUCAAGACAUUACAUGGGAGGAUGUUGAUGUGGCUAUUGGUGCAUCUUCAAACCUUCGAGGCCGCAAUCUGCAUAGGACAGCAACUACAGUUCGUAGGGGCCAGACAAAUGUCCGUCUGCAACACUACGCACGCAAGAGACCUACUACAACAUGACCUACAGUUCCUGAAGAAGAUGAGGCAGAGGAGGACUUGGAGCAAGAACAACACUCAAGUAUGCCCAAUGCGGAGGGGGAGGAUUCAGACUACGUUGAGGAUGAUGAUGAUGUGAGCAAUGACGAUCAAGAGCCAACUAAUGUUGACCAAGAUGGUGAAGACAACACCAAUGCCAAUGAGUUUGAUGAUGAUGACUUUUGAUUGAGACUUCGAGAGUGGAGAGACAUGAGAUGAGAGAGCUGAGCUGGCCACCUUUAUCCCUUUUGCUAUGCUGGAAUUAUCUAUUAUUCUGUUUGUCUUAUGAUGUGGACCUUUCACCUUUGUUAUGUGGACUACUAGACUUGUGUCAUUUGAAUUGGUUAAUGGUUAUGUAAUAUGUAUGCCAUGCAUUGCAGAUUGCAGUUGCACUCAUACUUGCUAUCUUUCUUUCCACUUUUGCUCGCUGCCUCACUUUUAUUUCUAUUUUUUGUGGAAUGUGCACUGGUAAGUGAUACAUUAUUCUAACAUAUUUGUUCAUGACUUAAUGUUGAUGCAGAAUUCUGCUGGGGAGAAAAGCAAAUGCAAAGAGGAUGGGAAUGGAUGCUAUAUGGGCUCUACAACAAUCAGUUGCAAGGUGUGUAUGGCUGUAUGCCUAGUUGCUCAAUGCCUAAUUGCCUACCAAUUUCUAGUUUUCUACUUAAUUCUGUUGCUUACAAGUCUCUAAGGCGUCGCCUCGCCUUAUGCCUUACCGCUUAGGCAGUGAGGCGCCCCCCCAGCGCCUCGCCUUGCCUUACCGCCUUAAAAACAUAGCCCCCAGCGUUACAGUGGCCUGGCCCAGUGGCGUAGCAGACCACAGGCCUUUACCAGUGUGGCGUGCUAAGGUCAUUUCCCCCUUAAACGGUGUUGACGUGCCGGAUGCUUAACCCCUUUUACCACGCGCACGACAUCUGUUAAGGUAUGUGGCGCGGUAAUAGGAGGUAAUUACACUAAGCGGCAGUGACUUGACGUGUGUCCGUUCCCGGACUCGAGAAGAAGACACAUGCCCCCACAUUUAAUGCGGUACAUAUGCAGUAGAUAUUUCACUAUGUGUAUACAGUAUUCCCAAUACCAUUUCUAGCCACUGUGGUGACCCCUUGCACUACAAAAGGAGGACCAGGCUACUGUAUGGAGGGAGACUUUUUUUCGGACAAGCUCAGAUCUUAGAUAGGCUAGACAGAAAGGAUAACCUGCCCGUUCCCUUCCCAGGACGAGCAGCCACUUUAUCAACUUUGUAAUCUCCUCCCACCAAAGAAACCAACCAGCAAGAGUAGGGUUUU